AUGCUCGUCUACAUCAAGUGGCGGGAGAACCUGGAGCCGCUUUACUGCCAUGAAACGGACGACGUGAAGGACGUUAGGAGGAGGGUCAUGACGAUGUCCAACGUGCCGGUAGAGCACAAGCUACUGGUCCACCAUGGCCUCCUCCUCAGAGACGGGAUGACACUGAGCCAAUGUGGGGUAAUGGAGGACAGCACGCUGUUCCUGGUUCUCAACGAGAACCCGUUCAAGGGGAGGGAGCUCUUCGUGAAGACAACCAUGGGGGUGAAGCACACGCUCUUUGUGCGCGACGACUUCAAGAUCGAGGACCUCAAGGACGAUGUCUUCGCUUUCCCCGAUGAGCCUCCCCCGGAGAAUCAGGUCCUUCUUUUCGUUGGAAAGCAGCUCGAGAACGAUCGCACGCUCAGGGAGUACAACAUUCAGAAGGAGUCCUGCCUGAGGGUGAUCAACUCAGCGUUUGCCCGCAACGACAUCCGCACUUUCAUCCGCUUCACCUCCCCGAGCAGCAACGCCAUCAACGUCUCCACGGACUCCAUCAUCAUCAUUCAGAUGACGAGCAUAGACGAGGACGAGACUCACUACUGGGGGCAGCUGCUCGGCAGCCCUGACCUCUCCUCCCUCCUCCCCCAGCAGGUGCAGCUGCGCGAGAAGAACAGCUUUGCGCUCGUUCCCUGCUCGCUCAAGGUGGACUCCUGGACCAGGACGGUGCAGCUGGAGCCGAAAAGGGCUCUUGCCUCCUGCUCGCACUACCAGGUGGUGUUCAACCGAAGGAUGGCAGAGGGGGUGGAAGGGAUGCGGCACCUCAAGUGCGACAAGGAGGUGGAGGGGGUAGCUCGCUGGAGCUUCUUCACGGAGGGGUACCAGCCCCUGCGCGUGCUCAGUCUGUACCCUCCUCCCUUCUCCACCGUCACGUCGGACGGCUGCAGGAUUGCCAUCACCUUCAGCGACAAGCUGCACCCUGAGUGUGUAGAGCGAGGGGCAAGGGACUGGGUCCGGGUGAGGACGAGGGAGGGGAUAUCCCUCCUCGACCCCUUCUACGACGACGCGACCAACACGCUGGUAUACGACAUCGGCAAGGGGAUCGGGGAGGAGGAAGUCGUGCGGGUGAAGCUUCUGGGGAGUUUGAUCCUUGGCGCUGCUGGCCAGAGCAUGCUUCCUAUGAAGAACGACGGGAUCACCAAGACAAGCCCCUUCACUUGGCAGUUCUACGUCUCCAAGGUGACGAGAGACUAA